AUGCCAAAAGAUGAGGUAGGUACUGCUCGGAACUCCGAGCGAAGGGGCUCGAAUGACGAAGAAUCCCGCGCUCUUCUCUCGAAUAGCUCUUUCCAUGACGGCCACCACGAUAGUGCUGGGGACAGCGACGACGACUUGGUAGUACUCCCCGGGACUGCCGAUGAAUACCAACACGAAUUACAACAAUCACAAACACGUCACCCUGCAAGGCCACACAUUCCGCGGCAGUCGUCAAUAUCUCAGCCAGCGCCAGACGGACAACGUCGUACUCCACGAACUCCCCACCGCGUCCGAUUCGACCUCUCCGAACAUGUUGCGGAGGAAGAAACACUGACCACCAAUGGCCACACCCAGGAGCAUCAGGAUGGUGAUGACUUGUGGAUUGAUGAGGAAGACUAUAUGGUAGAUGGCUCGGAGCGCCUCCGCAGUAGUACAGGACAAAUGGCACCAUUACUCACAGGCAUUGAAGCUCCAAGUGUGACGCUGGCAACGUCUGACGACUUCUUUCCCGAAGACCACUUGGAAAGUGCCAGACCUCGGAGUGGUAUGCGUAUGGCAUUUAUGAAUAUGGCAAACAGCAUUAUUGGAGCUGGUAUCAUCGGCCAGCCGUACGCUUUGAAGCAAGCUGGUAUGGUAACAGGUAUCGUUCUUUUAGUUGUCUUGACCAUUACGGUUGAUUGGACUAUCCGCCUCAUUGUCAUCAAUUCUAAAAUGAGCGGCGCCGAUUCCUUCCAAGCCACCAUGCAACAUUGUUUUGGAAGAAGCGGUCUGAUUGCUAUAUCCAUUGCACAAUGGGCAUUUGCAUUCGGAGGCAUGAUUGCUUUUUGCAUCAUAGUGGGCGAUACUAUACCUCAUGUCUUUGCCGCAUUAUUUCCUUCUUUGAGAGAUAUGCCGUUCCUGUGGUUACUCACAGAUAGGAGAGCUGUGAUAGUUCUCUUUAUACUGUGCAUCUCCUACCCGCUCUCCCUUUACCGAGAUAUUGCCAAGCUCGCAAAAGCUUCGGCAUUAGCCCUCGUCAGUAUGGUUGUCAUCGUAGUCACAGUCGUAAUCCAGGGCUUCCGGGUGCCAUCCGAGCUAAGGGGUGACUUGAAAGGGAAUCUUAUCAUCAACUCCGGGUUCUUUCAAGCAAUUGGGGUUAUAUCUUUUGCAUUUGUCUGCCAUCAUAACAGCCUUUUGAUUUACGGAUCGUUGAAAAAACCAACACUUGACAGAUUCACAACUGUGACGCAUUACUCCACUGGAGUCUCGAUGGUCAUGUGUUUGGUAAUGGCCCUUGCUGGAUUCUUGUCAUUUGGGUCGAAAACUCAGGGCAAUGUGCUUAACAACUUUCCCUCCAACAAUAUCAUGGUGAACAUAGCGCGGCUCUGCUUUGGCCUGAACAUGCUCACCACCUUACCUCUAGAGGCAUUUGUUUGCCGUUCCGUCAUGACCACCUACUAUUUCCCAGACGAACCUUUCCAUCCAACCCGUCAUUUGUACUUCACCACCGUCCUAGUCCUCACGUCCAUGUUCCUGUCACUAGUGACCUGCGACCUCGGUGCAGUCUUUGAAUUAAUCGGUGCCACCAGCGCAGCGGCGUUGGCUUAUAUCCUCCCACCGCUUUGCUACGUGAAACUAAGUAAUACCAGCCAUACAGCUAAGCUUCCAGCUUAUGCGUGUAUUGUGUUUGGCACAGCUGUGAUGGUCAUCAGUCUGUUCCAAGCAGUGGAAACGGCGUUGGACCCCUCGUUCUUCUACACUGUGGAUUUAGGUCUUGACAGGCGUAUCGAGAUCACCACAGCAGAGGACAAACGCGAUCCAUACGCUAGGUUCACCGAAAAGGAUCUUGAAGAUCUACGAAAAUCAGUGCAGGAUCCCCUAACAGCCCGACUUCAAGAUGAGAAUAAAAACCAUCUCGACGCGUGGUCCAAUUUCCACCGGAAAGUCGAGACUGAAGAAGGGGCGUUUACCGGUGAGCCUCAAUUAAUGAACGGGCAGAGCCAUCGCGCCCAUCUGCAUUUCGAUAUGCGCCAUAAGGAGAGACUUGUUUCUAGAGCAGGUGGUCACAGUCAUCAUACACAAGCUGGUAGAAAACACCAUUUGGACCCAGMUCUUGGACCAGCAAAAUCUACGGUUGGGAUGCACAAACAACCUGCUCCGGGACUAGGUAUUACAAGACCCGCAUUUGGUAAACCCCCAGGAGGCAACCGAUUUGAUCGAUCCAAAGCGCUGAAGGUUCAACGCCGUCCCAUCCGUGCUCCACCUAAGCCCGUCGCCAGCACGCCUCAGAACUAUGAAGUGAUGUUAGCCGACCCAGGGUCCUGGCUGAGUUCUGUGAGGAACAAAACAAGCCAGGCUGGUGCGCCGGCUUCGCCUUCUACUUUCCAGGUUGAGACAGCAUCAAAUGCCAAUUCAUCUUUGGAGUCCGAGCCUGUUGUAACCGAGCCUGCUAUGGCUACGAAACCAGUCGCAACUAGCCAGGCACCUGUAGUUACCAAACCUAUCGUGAAAAUACCGGCGGCCGUGACUUCCAAGCCAACUGCAACCACCCAGCCCGCUGGUAUUACCCAGAUGGUCGCUACCACGUCGACACUCGGAUUGACCAAGCCUGUUGCUUCGCAAAUCGAUGUGAUCACCACGCCCCGUGCAGCAACUACAACCAAAUCAGCUUCAGUCGUGCAGCCUGUUGCGACGCCAAAGCCAACUGGAAUUCCCAAGCCAGUCCAAAAUCUGGAAAGUCCAUUUUUUGAUUUGAAUCUUCCACAGCCGCAGACCAAGACCUCCACCCUACGGGCCCAAAUUCGGCCUACGAAAGAUGCGGAUCUGCUUCUCGAUCUUGACAGCCCUCCAAAGAAGGUAGGUCCAGAGCCAAUUAAGAGUGCUUCAGUACCAGACAUGAUGGCGCUUGACGAGGAUGGUGACAUAUCCGACGGCAAUACGGCUGCUGCGAGCGUUCUCGGUAAGAAGCUCGCUUGGAUGCGAGAACUCGGCUUUAUUAAUGAUACAUUAGCCGACUUCAACCUAUCAGACAGCAAGCAAAAGACGCUUCUGGAAGAUCGGCAAAAGAAGCUACUGGACAUGAUCCAUGCAGCUUCAAACCCAAAGAACAGCAAACCGCAAAAAAUGGUACCUCCUCCGGAAAAGCUGAUUGAAAUGUCGCCUACUCCAUUGCAAAAGGCAGUCACUGCUAGACCAUUUGUGCCAACAGCCAAACCCACGUUUGUUGAAGUUCAAGCUCCUGUGAAAGGGGGCCUGCAAGCUUCUCGUUGGGCAGAUGCAGACGUUGAGAUGGCCGACAUUCUCAAGGAGUCACCGAAGAAGACUUUCAAACCCAGAAACACCAGCAACAACUCUGAAAACCCCGUGGACUAUUGGCAGAAGACAUUGCCGAAAUUGCCUCCCCUCCCUGCAGAUUUCGAAAAGAAGUAUGCCUCCACGGCUCUGAAAUCCCCGGCUCCUCCAAAGGCUACGAAGUCCCUGUAUGAGUCUCGCUACGCUAGCUAA